UUGACGCUGGAUUUCGACGCCCGCGUCCCGAUCCCCUUCAGUGUCUUCCCGUCAGCGUAUCGGAGUGACGCUGUCACAGCAGAAACAACACACGUCAAGGUAGAGGCCGAAGAAAAGCUACCUCAGGCUCCGGGACGGGAAGUGACGGGGCUCCACUUUUCCCUCCCGUCUUUCCCUCAAGCUCCCGCUGACCUUUCCCUCCCUCACAACAGAUACCAACAACCCUACCAACGUUACGUCGGAGCCCAGCUCGACGUCCAGGACAGGUCUUACGACAGAGAGUUCAACACUGUCCACGGCCCUGCCACCGACUACGCCCCUACCCAGAUCGACGUUACUGAACGCGAGUACCGUGAGCGUACCCGUCCCAUCUACGUCCAGGAACGCUACGCGUCCCAGACUGCCCAAGACACCCAGCCUCGCUACGGUCAACGCGAAGCCGACUUUGUCGACUCCCGCUACCCUCCUCCAGCACGAGGAGAAGUUCGAGUAGAGCAAACUACUCGAGCAACUGUCGACCCCCCCAAGAAGUACAAACGUGACAUGGGAUAUUACGACGAAGACGGUCAAUACCACUCCUUCCGCCACGGUCUCCACAAAGCUGCCGACCGCGUCCUCCACCCCAUCCACGGUUCUAAGCACCAUCAUCACCACUCCCAGCCCGACGACCGCGAGGAAGUUGUAAUCAAGGAAUCCUACACCACCUCCGCCCAAGCUCCUCCCACCUCCCGCAUCAGCGUCGGCAUUCCCCAAGAGUCUCUCUCCUACGCCGCUCCCCAGCCUACCUACGCGUCCGCGUCGAUCUCAACCUCCCGCAACAUGGCUGUCCCUAACACCAUCACCAUCCCAUGCCAUCACAUCCGCAUUGGCGAUCUCCUGAUCCUGCAGGGCCGCCCUUGCCAGGUGAUCCGCAUCACCACCUCGUCGCAGACUGGCCAGCAUCGCUACCUCGGUGUUGACCUCUUCACCAAGCAGCUGCACGAGGAGUCCAGCUUCAUCUCCAACCCGGCCCCAUCGGUCGUGGUCCAGAACAUGCUCGGCCCGGUCUUCAAGCAGUACCGCGUGCUCGACAUCCGUGAGGAUGGCCGUGUCGUUGCCAUGACUGAGACUGGCGAUGUCAAGCAGGGUCUUCCUGUCCUUGACCAGAGCGGCCUUUCUUCCCGCCUUGCUGAAUCCUUCGACAACGGCCGUGGUAGCGUCCGCAUCCUUGUCAUCAACGACGAUGGCUUGGAGAUGGCCGUUGACUACAAGGUCGUCCACGGAUCCCGAUUGUAG